UAGACCGGCGUGAGUGGUGCGACACAGAUACGCUUGAGUUAUUCUUGUUCAUCGGUAAAUAUUUGUAUUUUAUUUUUUUAAUUUGUUUGGUAAAAUAACCUUUAAAGUUCACAGUUUUAUACCGAAACGGUGUUCACUGUACAUCAGGCAUUCAGCUUCCAUUCAGCAGGCAGACUCGUGUUUUUCCCGGGCCAGUCACGCCAUGUCCUCCGCGGAUGUGUCGGAGCAGAACCGUCGCUGUUGUGUUUUGUCAUGGGAGCAAGUGCAGCGUCUGGACUCCAUCCUGGGCGAAUGUGUCCCGAUCCACGGCCGAGGAAACUUCCCCACGCUCUCCGUUCAACCCCGGCACAUCAUACAGGUGGUACGGGCUCGGCUGGAGGAGCGAGGUGUGGUGGUGCGCGAUGUGAAGCUGAACGGCUCGGCUGCCAGUUAUGUUCUGCAUCAGGACACUGGCCUGGGCUACAAAGACCUGGACCUCAUCUUCGGCUUGAGUUUGACCAAUGACAAUACCUUCUGUCUGGUGAAGGACGUGGUCCUGGACAGCCUCCUUGAGUUCCUGCCAGCAGGCGUGAACCGCGACCGCAUUACAGCCCUGACGUUGAAGGAAGUCUACGUGCAGAAACUUGUGAAGGUAUGCAAUGACACAGAUCGCUGGAGUCUCAUAUCUCUCACCAACAACACUGGUAAAAAUGUAGAACUAAAAUUUGUGGACUCCUUGCGACGGCAGUUUGAGUUCAGCGUGGACUCCUUUCAAAUUGGCUUGGAUUCACUGUUACUUUUUGACCGCUGCUCCGAGACGCCAAUGUCUGAGAGUUUCCACCCCACUAUACUAGGAGAAAGCAUGUACGGAGACUUUGCUGAAGCACUGGGGCACCUACGUGCCAAAAUCAUCGCAACGCACAGUCCAGAAGAAAUCCGUGGAGGUGGGCUCUUGAAAUACUGCCACCUGUUGGUGAGGGGCUUCCGUCCAGUCUCCGAGACGCAGAUGAAGGCCCUCCAACGCUACAUGUGCUCACGAUUCUUCAUCGACUUCUCCGACAUCAAUGAACAGCGACGGAAGUUGGAGGCAUACCUGCAGAACCACUUUAACGGCAUGGAGCACAAGCGAUAUGAUUGCCUCGUGACUUUACAUCGUGUAGUGGAUGAAAGCACUGUUUGUCUUAUGGGCCAUGAGCGGAGACAGACUCUCACGCUCAUCUCGUCUCUGGCGCUACAUGUGUUGGCCGAACAAAAUGCAAUUCCUGCACUGUCUAAUGUCACAUGUUACUACCAACCAGCACCAUAUGUCAGGGAUGUCAACUUCAGCAACUACUAUGUAGCACACGUUCAUUCACCCAUUUCCACCUGUAACAGCUUCUAUCAGACAUGGCUGCCUUGUAGCUGAGCCAGGAAGGGACCAAAAAUUCUGCUGGGGAAAAUAUUUGUAGCCGUCAGAUGGCAUUUGGGUGGACUGAUUGGGUUGAACUUUUGACUGUGACUUUCCUGGGUGAUUCCAACAUCACUAUCUACUCCAGUUAAAAUAACUGCUGUACUGAAAAAUGUACCAAUCUAUCUUAAGUCCUUUCAGACACUUGAUUAUGAUUUUUGAAAGGAUUUUAGCCAAAACAGAUGAAAAGUUAUGGACGGACAAUGGACACAGGAAAAUGUCUAAAUCACUUCUCUACUCUAAGUUCAUGUGUAACCCAUUCAUGUUUUACAAUUGCAAUGUUUUUACAUACAGCUUUUGUGAAUUUAUGGGAAAAAAUAAAAAUAAAUAACGGGGAGACUGUUCAGUUCUUACUGUGGUUUCCUACUUUCCUUUUUUUUUAGAAACUGAGGACCAAAGACUUUAUAUGUAGCAGUUUAAGUGGUAUGUUCCUUCUGUGUCUUCAAGUGCCUGAAAACAACCACAAACCCAAAUGUAUGUAAAUUAAAAAUGCUUAAAUUCCUCAUUCUCUUGGAUUCUGUUUGGUACAGUUUUUUUAAUUUCAGUGUCUGAGCACCCCCAAUGUUGGUGUUUAAACGAGGUUGAUGACUUCAGGGUUUGUUAUGUUU